AUGCAUACAGCAAUUUCCAACAGAAAGCUCCUUCCCGGCCUGUCGAGCCGCCUCCCGAGCGGCCUCCGGCUCCCGCCCCAGGACCCGCGGGCGGUGCAGCCCUCGCAGGCAGCAGGUGGUCGCGCUGCCAGGAGCGGGCAGAAGCAGGCAGGGGCAGCUCCACCAGACCCAAACCCACACAUUUCAGGAGAACCAGCAGGCGAAGAGUGGUGGGUGCUAUCAAGCAUGCCCACGACGCGGGAGGGGGCCGAGGAGCAGCUGACGAGCGGCGACCUCCUCUCCAACCGCAGGAUGUUCUACCUGCUGAAGGGCGCCUUCCCCGCCGUCCAGAUAAACUCUGAAGAGCGUGUUGAAACAGCUGAUCAGGAGACAGUCUCUUGGGAUCGCAGUAUUCCUGAAGACAUAAAACAAAAAGUACAGCCUAAAGAGGUUCCAGCAGAAAGUGUUACUGUCUGGAUCGAUCCGUUAGAUGCUACACAAGAAUACACAGAGGAUCUUCGACAGUACGUCACGACAAUGGUUUGCGUGGCUGUAAAUGGUAAACCAGUAAUAGGAGUCAUACACAAGCCGUUCUCAGCAUAUACAGCCUGGGCAAUGGUGGAUGGCGGGUCAAACGUAAAAGCUCGUUCCUCCUACAAUGUGAAAACUCCAAGGAUUAUUGUAUCCCGCUCUCAUGCAGGAAAAGUUGAGCAGGUUGCACGGCAGACAUUUGGAAAUAAGACUGUGAUAAUCCCAGCUGGUGGAGCAGGUUAUAAAGUAUUGGCCCUCCUUGAUGUGGCUGAAAAGAAUCAAGAAGAAGCUGACGUGUAUAUCCAUGUCACCUACAUUAAGAAGUGGGACAUAUGCGCUGGAAAUGCGGUGUUGAGAGCAUUGGGUGGCCAUAUGACUACCCUGACUGGUGAAGAAAUUAGUUACACUGGCUCAGACGGCAAUGAGGGAGGACUUAUAGCUAGUAUCAACAUGGACCAUAAAGCACUAAUUGAAAAACUUCCAGAUCUGGAAAAAACAUCACACAAAUAAACUUGACUGAUGGAGAAGUACAAGUCAUGCUUUUGUAGCCUCCAAAUGCUCUGUCUGAAGAAGCAGGUGUGAGAACCUGCUGGGAAAGAUGCACAGCAAAGCAAAGCAGUUUGGUGUGGGUUUGGGGCCUAUAUUGUGCGUUGGGUUUCUUCAGUGGUGGUAUUUAAAAAAAAUAAAAUAACAAUAAUCAGAAGUAGGAAGGGGACUGACUGCCUCACACCUCAGUUUCCAUGUUUUAUUUUUUUCAGACUGUUUUCAUGCAGUUCUUAUACUCAAGGUGCAUAUACAGUAUAUACUUGUGAAUGUAGGUGAACUAAAGAAAAAUCCUAAUUGAUUCAUAAAAUAACCUAAGUAGUUCUCACAGGAACUUCUUGGAACCUUUUGCAUCUUGUUACUGUAGUUGUAGCAACUCCAUAAUGAAUUAGGUAGGAAAAAAGGUUGGUUUGUAUAGGCAUCUGAUAACUCUGUAAACAAUUUAGCAGGAAACAUGACCCUGUGUUCUGCAUCCCCUGAACAGAAAGCACAAGGUAGACACAAAUUUAUAUGCAGCAACAGUUUGUCUUUGACAGUGUGGCACUCCUUCUGCUUUUUAAGAGGAAAAAAAGAAAUGUUCUGUACUAUUUUGACUUUUUUCCUGAAGAUGUAAACCAGUUUAGUUCAGAUAGGUUGUGAAUAUCAGUGUUUUAUUAAUCAGUGGAAUUAUUUCCAUAUACCUUUUUAAAAGAAGGCAACGUUUCCUUGUAUAGUUUUUAAUAGUUACUUCUUGUCCUUGUUUUCUGCGUACAGUGUUGAAGAUGCAUGCUCGAUUUUUCUCUAAUGUAGGACUCGUUCAUCAUUUGGUGUUUGUGCCUGUAGAAGCAGCCUCUUCCUUCAGUACCCAUUUUUUUGUUUGGGUUUUUUUUCCAUUGGACAGAGUCAUAUGGAAUGAGUUUAACAGAAAUAGUAAGUCGAUUGGUUGUUUCCAUUUACAACAUAAGAUAUAAACCAGCAAUUUUUCUACAACCCCAAAAAUAACUUUCUGUCUUUUUAGGUUAAGGCACGCUCUUUUCUGCAGAAAGCUCUUGAGCCAUCCCAGACAGCUUGCAGUUACUUGGUUUGUGGAAAUUUACAUAGAGAGAGACCAUUUGAACUUGAAUCUGUUUAAGCAAGUUUGAAGAACGUGGCACUUGAAGUACAGCAGGGUCUGCAAAACUUUACCGAAAAAUGUGCUUUGUCAACCCAAUAUACACAGAACAGAACAUGGGCCUUUUGAUAUCAAAUGACGAUUUGUUGCACCUCUAAAACAUGUGGACUUCUAUCUGCAAAAGUGUAACCAUCUAUUGUUGUUCUGUGCACCCCUCUGAAGGGUUUCAGAAGGUUAAAAUGUACCUCUUAUUUGAAUUAUCAGUAGAUAACCUUCCCAUCUCAAGAAAGCUAAAAUUCUUAGUUAAUACAGAUGUUUUCUGUUCAAAGUUUCUUCAGUAUAAGCUUAGGCCGUUUAAACCAAAUUCUUUCUUACUUUCAUUUUCACUUCUUUCAUCAUAGUGCUAUUCUGAUUAAAAAGGCUUUUUUCUCCUUACGUCAGUAGCGGAGCAUGUCUAGAUACCUCUUUUGACUUCUAGCUAAUGUUCACAUUUCCAAAAGACUUCCUCAGUUGUUGCAUAACUACAAAUACAGACUUCCAUUUUGUAAACUUACUGGCACAGUAGGCUGAAGCUUAGUCCUACUAGCCUUUUGGUACGGAUAGGGGUUUUUUUAGGUGUUUUUUCCAAAAUUGACACUAUUGCUGCUGUUUGAAAAUAGCUUUUACACAUAUAGAUAAUACACAAAGCAACUUAACUUCCAAUUUUUAAAUUUAAUAAACUACUAUAUGCUAUGACAAAUAAGUGAAUAUGCCCUUUUUGAAAAGGGGCUGAUCUAUUUUGAAAAACUUGUUGAGCUUCCAAACCUCAGUGAAUAAUAAAAAUUCAGAUAUUUAUCAAGGCUUUGGUCAUAUUUUACAAGAAGACUGCAGCUGUUUUUCCUUCAGGCUGAUUUAAAUGACUUAAAGCCUAAUAAAAAAGCAUCUCUCUUGUCUAUUAGUUAAAGAACACGGAUUAAAAACUAAAUAUGACAAAUAGCCAUAGUUAACCUAGUAUAAAAACCUAAUUGUGUCACAGAGGUUGAAUGCACAAUAUUUAGAUAGGCAAUUAAGACAAAGUCUGUGGCAGGUUGUGGUUUUAGAUUCAGGUUGAAAUCAUGCGUAAACUUACCUUGUGAAAAUGUGACUGCUUUUAUUUUGGGUAUGAUUCUAUCACUUCCUUGCAUAAGCUGUGAUCAGACUUAGCUUCUGUAUGAGAAAUGAAAAAUAAGAUGUUACAUAUUGUACAAGGGCUUACUUGCCUCUUAGUUGAAGGUAUGGAGCAGUAUACGAAAGUAUUUGCCUAAAUCAUUUUUCCUUAGGAAGAUAAGAUACAAAGAAGAGCUUCAGCCCUCCUUUCCUUCCUCCAGUAUGCGGGCUAAAAUACCUAGUCUUCCAUUAGGAAGAGAGAUGCUUGUUUAGACCUGUUUAUAUCCUAAAUUACUUUGUUGCAAUGGCUCACAGUGUUCAGUACCUUUCACAGUGGACCCUUAUUGGCCCAGUCUCGCUUCUUGUGAAAAUGAAGAAAAGGUGAGAGUGAGGUGCCCAGUUAAUUACUUCUGGUACAGCCUGAGCUCAUACAGUUUUCCCACAGCUAAGGCCUAAGGUGGUGCUUGGGGUCUCCCAGUCUAGUUUAAAGAGGAGCUGCUUUGAUAUGAGCAUAGGUAAGCACCUGGUGAAUAUCAGUUUCUGAUGUCAUUUUACAAUAAAUGCAACUCUUAUGCAGACCAGCAAGUACUCAAAAGUGCUUGCUUAGUGCACAUGUGCCAGUGCACUGCAAUAUUUGUUUGUAUAGUGUUAACACUCAGUAUAUCCUGGUUUUUUGACUACGUUUACACUCCAUUUUAAAACACUUUACUGUUCUGGCUUAAGUAUUUGUUUGGUCUCAGCUGUGUGGAUGUGGCUUAAGUUUAUGCCCAGAGCGGUAAGCAAUCAUACUGUACCCAUGGGUACCCCAGUGUACUGCUGGGCUAGAACAUUGUUCUUUACAUUCUAGCCUUUUCCACAUAAAACUGUCAUACCAUUUUUAGGGAUGCUACUUAAAACAAUUUUCUAAAAAAAUUAAUUUAAAAAAAUCAUGGUAUCAUUCUAGCUCCAAACAAGGAAAGUAAGAGAAUGUAUUGUUUUAGCAUUGGUUUUCCAAUGGUGGGGUUUUUGAGUGGCUAUUACGAUUAAGGUAAUUGCAAGUGAAAUUAUUCUAAAGCUGUAUGUAUUUUCGCUUUUUCAUUCUGCUAAAAAGAGUAGAUGGUAGCAUAGAUGAUACCUCAUACUGUACCAAGAGUCCUAACACUCAUUCCUUGAAUGAGUGUUUUCUAAAUAAAUGGACACAGAAAUAAGAGGGUUGAAUAUGGUACUUAACUGGUUUCAAGUUUAACCUAUUUGCCAGACUUUUACAGAUGGACUUACAUAAGAGCUGUUUGUUCUGAUCUACAGAGCACGUAAUAAUAAUGAAAAUAUUUAGCAGAGAUUGCUUACUCAGAUGGUGAAUUAACCAUAUAGGUGAAGCUGUAAAGUCAUCUAGUGAUGUUGUUUCAUAUAUUUGUUUUUACUUCAUGGUCAUUAGAGUGGACGGAUUUUCUCAUUGGCUUCAGGUGUGAGAAGAGAUUUUUUAAAUGGCCAGUGGUUGGAGAUCGGGGCGUGGAGGGGAGUCAGCACUGGCGUUAAUCUCUGCUUUUUUGUUUAUAAACAAAUGUACCCCAACAUAUUCGUAGCAUCCUCUCAUCUGUUGGAGUUGUACAACAGCAGUGCAAUACUGUAUACUCCUGGUUUAAUAGUGUAAAACAAGGAGUCUGCAUCCUUCGGAGCCAGUGCAAUGAGAAGUGACUGAGUGUUGUGCCGGGCCUCGUCUGUGUUAUGCCAGCCGAGGCUGGCUGCUUCGUUGUCUCAUGGAUGUUGUUCCAGUUGCAGUUUCUCUGAUGGCAAAACUGCUUUUGUAGGCUACUGUCUCCCCAGUUACACCCAACCCCUUUGUGGAUCUGUUUUCUAAACUAAACUAGAGAAGUAGAGAGGAAAGAAGCAGAUGGCUGUGCUGGAGAAAUUGUAACAGAGAACACUUACUUCCAUUUCUUGAUUUAAAUUACAUUGGUAGUUUCAUUUCUCUUGUCCUUCAGGGGUUAGAUAACCAUACACUAAAGAUUUAAUGGACCACAGAUAAAUGUCUGCGUGAUUUUAAGUCCAAGCAGGAUGAGGGCGGGGGAGACUGCUUCUAACCAAGGAAAGCCUGGAUGGAUGGCUUCCUGUUAGGCCAUUCACGCCGAGCCUUUUUUCAAUGCUUUGUUGUAGAGAUUUAGGCUCUUUCACACAAACAAUUACAGAUUUGACUUUGCCAAAACAGCAUUCAUAGUCUAUCUUCUGACCUGCUAUCCUCAAUGAUAAAGCUGCGCUAUAUCCACUUCACUGUAAUGUAACUUGCUGAGACAAGACUGAGGACUCAAAGAUUGCUUGACGUUUGAAACACAGCUUCUGUAUGGCAGCUCUUAGAAUGAAGUGCUAGCACCUGCUGCGAGUGUCUUUCCACCCCACAAGCAGGUCGUGCCACUUACGGGUCGUAUCAAGAAGCCUUAUACUUCAUGGUUUUCAGAUGCCACACCAGCUCUUUCAGCUCUUCUGAGGGGGGUUCAGAAGUGCUCAUCCAAUUUCCUUCCAAGGCUCCCUCUGGCGCCAGCAAUUAGCAGCCACUUUUCCCUCUUUGCUCUUCCUCAUUUUUCUGUUCUUUCCUGAUCCUUGCUCCUUUCUUAGUCCAUGUGGACAAGAAAAAUGAGAGAUUGGGAGUGGAAACAGUCCCAGAACAAGAGAGCCACAGCAGCAAACUAUCCAGUUUAUCCUCAGGCUGUUAAUGUUUGGGACCAAGGUCUAAGGUGCUGAUCCUACCAAAAGUGUGAUAGAUGCCAACAAAAUAAAGGCAUCUUGAAGAGAGGUUCAUGUGAUUGGUGGUACUGGACAUGCAGAAAAGAUGCAAAUGGACUAAGGAGAAGUUAAAACUGUCUUAAAAAGCAGGAGAAGAAAACAGCUUUUCGGUGUAAUGUUACAAGCAUUCGGCACUUCUGUUCCUCUGGGUGCAGAGAUUCGUUGCUUAUGAAGGAGGCUCCAUUGGCCCUCUGAAAGGCCUGAUUUUGCUGAAGUCAGUAGCAGCAUUCCCACUGAAUUCAAUGUGAGCAGAAGCAAGCCAGAUAUAACACGAGCAGUAAAUCAAGCUAAGUUCUGAAGAGCUCAGCUUCUGCCAGUAGAGCAAACAACCUGGGUUGUGUUAAACUCGCCUCUGGCGGCUUCAGCCUACAUUACUAGAGGACUUAGAAACAUCCCAGUGUCUUGAGGUUCUAAGUCUUUCAGGUUUUUUUUAUGGUCUACAGCUGAUAGAGCCCACUUUCAGAUAAUAUCGUUUUCAACCCAGAUUGUUCCUUACUUGUAAUUCAAAUUUCUUUUUUUUUCUCCCCAAAGGGCCAGCAACACUCCGGCAUUUUUCCUGUUGUCCCACCAAAUUGUAUUAGCAUUUUCUGAUUGUGUGCCAAAUUGAAAUAACAAUUCUAUAAAUAAAC